AUGUCUAGUGCGUCGAGUAAUCGAUCGGUUGCUCGUGACGGGUUGGAUUACGAGGAAGUAUAUCCGUCCGGUCAUCGAGAACAAGAUAGUACAGAGGAUAGGAGUCCGUCCUCCUCCUCCUCGUCCUCAACAUAUGAGGAUCUGGAGGUGGUUGAUCAAGACGAGGGACCUGAUGACGGUGAGAAACAGAUCGUUAGAUCCGUCAUUGGUGCUGAUGGGCUCAGGGAGUUCGUCAUGGUACCGGAGUGGACGGUGAAUUUCUUCACGUCCGUCAUAAAAGAAAAUCAUUUUAAGACACUUAGGGAUAAUUACCAAAUUCCGGAAAAUGUGACCAUCCGCCUUCCCUACAAAUCGGAGAAGUGUUAUUAUGACGGCGUGGAGGGAGUCGGGAUAUACGAGCAAAUGUUGAAGGCCGGACUCAGGUUCCCAUUGAGUUCGCUUCAUCGUGAGCUCCUCUGUCAACUGGGGUUAUCCGUGAAUCAGAUUUCCCCUAAUGCUUGGAGAGUUUUUAUAGCGAUGGAGAUAUUGUACGGCGCUAUGUCCGACGGGAAAAAGAGAUUGACAGUUAGGGAAUUCCUACACUGUUACCGUCCGGACGAAAUUGAUAAAUCUAAGGGGAUAUAUAGCUUCGUCCCCAGGAGUCCGUUGUUGAAAGUAAUCUAUGAUACGCCGGACUCAAAUAGGGACUGGAAGAGAAGGUACUUCUUCCUAGAGGGCGACGGUUGGAUGGGUCGUCCAGGGGACACGGAUUUCAUGCCCGUCGACACUACUUGGGGGAUAUUACACCCGUCUAUUAGACGUCGCCCCCAAAUUGAUAUAAAAGAAUUUGCUUUCCUUGAGAAAAUUUUCUCGAAGACUAAGCCGGAGGAAAGGACCUGGGCGAAGCUGGUGACACUUAAGACCAUUCACUGGUAUUGUGACGGACCAGAACCGACAGCAGCAGCCGUCAAGUACGAAGCAAAGACAAGGAGGCGUAAGCUCGUCGCCCUAUAUCUUAAAAACUGUGAAUUUAUUUUGUUUACUAACUCUCCCGUCCAUGUUUCAGAGAUGGACGACGCUAAGAGAAGGGCUCUGAUUCGUUCAAAGGCAGCAAAGAAGACGGAUGAUGAAGCUGCCCCUGUGACGGGUCCAAGCAAUCCGUCUGUUAAGCGGAAGACUCAGCCUAAAGUCGACCGUCAGGCCAAGAAGGCCAGAGUGUCCCUAGAACCCGUCGUGGGACUUAUGGCGGAGCCUCCGAAGACGGCCACUCCAAUCAUGCACGGGGUUGGCAAGGGACUAAUGAAGGGCCCGUCGAAGGAUCAAGAGAAACCGCCCGUCCUUCUUCGAGAGGAUUCUAAGCAUGCCUUAGAACAGAUUUCUUCCAUCAUGUCGGCGGAAGAUUAUGAAGACUUAGGCAAUCACUCGACGGAGGCCAUGGGUGAGACGGGCCUGUUUGCGGUUACACAGGCAAUGGUCAUGAUGAAGGGGCUGAUGGGACGGUGCCUCAGCCAUGAAACGGCUUUGGAUCGUGUACGGGCCAAAGCGGAGCAGACGGAGGAAGAACUUCUUCAGUUUCGAAACUGGAAACCCAAGAUAGAGAAGAAGCUUGAACUUUCGGAGAAGGCAAGGAAGAGCCUUGAAAAGGUGACGGAGGAGGCAAAGAAAGCUCUGGAGAGUAAGGAUAAGGAGAUAGAAGAGCUGAAGAACGAAGUCCGUCAGGCUAAGGAUGCGGCAGUUCGUGAAUACCGUGACUCCGACGCCUUAAUUACCGAGCUGGGCGAUUCUUUCCAUCAGGGCUUCAUGGAUGCUCUCCGUCAGGUGAAACAAGCUUAUCCAGACUUGGACACUUCGAAGUUCAAAGUUGAGGAUCCAGUUCAAACAUCCGUCGUUCCUGCUGACUCAGAGGAUACAGACGACCUUUUUGCUGUCGAUGAUGCCCUUGGUGAUGGGAAGUCGGCACCAGCAACAGUUGAUCAAGCUAAGCCCGUCACAGAAACAGUUCCUCAGUCCGUCGAUAAUGCGGAUAAAGCUUAG